AGAUUGUAUGAAGGGGGGUGAGGGUAGAACCGGGGACACUAGAAAGGAGCCUGAAUGUAACAUGCCAGUUCUUGUGGGUGAGGAAUGUGCUAGCAAGACCUUGCAGUCUUGUGUCUUGGUGAAGGAUGAGGAUGACAGGACAUUUUGCAGGAAGGACACAAGGGUUGGUGAGAAGUUGGUAACUAUGGAAACACCUGAGUAUGGUCAGAAGGGUAUUAGGGCUUCUCCCUCCCAAAAGGUGGCCCAGCUGAGGUGCAUUUACACUAAUGCACGCAGUAUGGGUAACAAACAGGAGGAGCUGGAGGCCACAGUGCUAGUAGGAAACUAUAAUGUAGCUGCCAUCACAGAAACCUGGUGGGAUGAUUCCCACGACUGGAGUGUGGCCGUUGAUGGCUAUAAACUGUUCAGAAGGGAUAGGCGAGGAAGGAGGGGAGGAGGAGUUGCCCUCUAUGUUAGGAAGUGGAUAGACUGUGAAGAGCUGUGCCUGAGAAACAGCCAUGACCAGGUUGAGAGCUUGUGGGUGAAAAUCAAGGAUCUGUCCAGUAAAGUAUAUCUAGUAGUUGGGGUCUGCUACAGGCCACCUGAUCAGGGGGAGUCUGUUGACGAGGCCUUCUUGCUUCAGCUGCAAGAACUGUCAUGCUCACAAGCUCUUAUCCUGAUGGAGGAUUUCAACCACCCAGAUAUCUGCUGGGGUAGUGGCACAGCAGGUUCCAGGCAAUCCAGGAGAUUCCUGGAGUUUGUUGAGGAUAACUUCCUGGUCCAGGUAAUAGACGGACCGACCCGAGGUGAAGCCUUACUAGACCAGGUGCUCGCCAAUGUGGAAGAGAGCAUUAGAGAGGUUAAGACUGGAGGCUGCCUGGGCUUUAGCGACCAUGCCCUUGUGGAGUUUGUGAUCUUGAGGAAUAUGGGUCUGGCAAAAAGCAGAGUCAGGACCCUGAACUUGAGGACAGCAAACUUCUGGCUGCUCAAGGAAUUACUGGCUGGGAUCCCCUGGGAAACUGUCCUUGAGG